AUGUCAUCCGGAAAGGGCCACCCCACCUUCCCAGACGUGGAGGCGAAGCUCCAAAAACCGACGAAGCAAUCCGCCUUUGAACGGCAAAAAGCUGAAGCAGAAGCCAAGCGCAAGCGCGAAGCUGCCGAAACUGCCGCCGUAUACGCCGACUUCGUAAAGAGCUUCGACCGCGACGAUGACGACGACAGGCGGGAUGCGGCCGCGCCUAGCAGCUUCGGCGGUCCUUCUCGAGGGAAGCCAGGUUUUGGAGGAGGGCCACCACCGGGACACGGCGCCUCCAGGAGACACUUUGUUUCUUCGGGACUGAAGAGCGGUCCUGGGAGUCUGGGACCAUCACCCUCAGCUUUCACAAAGAAGAGGUCUUUCAAUGAUUUCAAGGGCGGGUCGAGGGACCGAGCGGGAUUGCUGGGAUUUGAGGAACCGGAAUCUGGGUCCGCUGCGACGACUUCAGUUGCCAAGGCUUUCAACGCCAGCGAUGAGGAAGAUAUGGGAGAUUCGAGGGAUCGGGCGGAAGAAAAAGCGACGUCGAAACCUACUCUUCGACUUACAAACUUGCCUCCUGGCACGUCACCUGCUGUGGUGAAGGCGCUGAUACCGGAUACUCUUAAUGUUGAGAAUGUCAAGAUCCAACCGCCUGCUCCUUCUGGCCCAGGUGGCUCGGAAAGAAAGUGUACGAUUGCUAUUGUUACUCUUUCGCAAGAGACGCCGGCCAACGAAAUGGAUACGGCUGUGAGCACGUUACAGAACCGAUAUCUUGGCUAUGGGUAUUACUUGUCUUUACAUAGACACUUAUCCUCCGCCGUGGCAGCAUCGGCCAAUCUCCCAAGUCUGACAUCCUCAUCAUCUGGUGCUCAUCCCUUUGGAGCGAAGCCCGUAGAACAACCUGGAGGUCGAGACAAACCUAGCCAUCACCAGCAAGGUUUCCAUCGUGGUUUUGCACCACCAUCGUCGUAUGGGCAGGUUGGGGUUGGCGUCAAUAGAAGCCAACUGCUACAUGUGCCUGUACGGCCGCCACAAGAUGUACGGACCAUACAACUGAUAAACAAGACGAUUGAAGGAGUUUUGGAAUACGGUCCCCAGUUUGAGGCGCUACUUAUGUCACGACCGGAUGUCCAGCGCGAAGAAAGAUGGGCCUGGAUAUGGGAUGCUAGAAGUGAAGGUGGUAUCUGGUACAGGUGGAGACUCUGGCAGGUCGUGACGGGUUCAGAGUUCAACCAGGUCAAAGGAAAAUAUGUUCCAUUGUUUGACGGUGGGGAUGCAUGGAAAUCACCAGAGAAGAACUUGGUCUUCGAGUACACAACCUCUCUGGAUGAAUUUGUGUCAGAUCCAGAGUACAACUCGUCAGACGACGAAGACAUGGAUGACGCUACGGGCGACAACAAUGUCGCCGAGAUGGAAAAGAGGUUUUUGAGUCCCCUGGACAAAGCAAAACUCGUCCAUCUCCUGGCGCGACUACCGACUACGCUGGGCAAGUUGCGAAAGGGAGAUAUUGCCCGAGUUACAACGUUUGCCAUCACACAUGCUAGCCGUGGUGCAGAUGAGGUCGUGGACAUGAUUGUCGCCAAUGUCGAGAAGCCGCUUUCGUUGACGGGCGCCAACCCCGAGAAGAAACAUGAAACAAAGCCAAAUAAUCCGACAACAUCCACGGAUGAAGCAACAGCGAAUGAUGGCUUGGAUACGAGUGGCGCGAGUUUGGUGGCACUAUACGUCGUUAGCGAUGUUCUUUCUUCGUCGUCGACGAGCGGAGUUCGACACGCCUGGCGUUUUCGACAGCUCUUCGAGACGGCGCUUCGAGAGCGAAAGGUCUUUGAACGGUUAGGCAUGAUGGCAGAGAAGCUCGGGUGGGGGCGGCUUCGUGCAGAAAAGUGGAAGAGAAGCAUCAACCUGGUCCUCAAUCUGUGGGAAGGGUGGUGCGUAUUUCCAGCCGAGUCGCAGGAACUAUUUGUUCGAACGUUCGAGUCUCCACCGUCGCUCAAAGCCGAAGACAAAGCUGAGGAGUCGUCAUUUCGGAGCAAGUGGAAGGUUGUUGAUGCCCUGCCAGCCGCAAAGAGCGAUACAAGCGCCACAGCCGCAGCAGCUGAUGGUGUGCAUAACCCUGCUGCUCAAGAUGAUGUCGACGGAGAGCCUCUGGAUGAGGAUGAUGUGAUGGGUGAACCUAUUGAUGACGAAGACGUAGAAGGAGAACCGAUAGAGGAAGACGACGUCGCAGGGGAGCCUAUCGACGAAGACGAGUUGGAAACAGAAUUCAUGGAGCAAGACGGGGAUGGCGCCCAAACAGAAGCGGCACCACCCCAAACAAAGAGCCGGGACGAAGAUGAACGGGCGGGCGCCGAAGGCGGCCAAGAGUCUGCGGGCCGAAGCCAACAACGGAAGCGACUGCGUGCUGUGGAUAUGUUUGCCGACUCGGACGAUUCUGGCACCGAAAAAUGA